UGGCAGCGGCGGCCGGGCCCGGUGCUAGCCCAACAGAGGAGAGCCAGGGCCGGUCCGGCUUGGGCCGGCCACACCAGACAGCGCAUCCCCGGCGCCGUCAUGGUGGAGGCGGCGCCCGCCGGCCCCGGGCCGCUGCGGAAAACCUUUCUAGUGCCCGAGAUCAAGCCACUGGAUCAGUACGACUUCCCGCGGGCCAAGACUGCCGCCAGCCUGGCCUGGGUGCUGCGGGCCGCCUUCGGGGGCGCAGAGCACGUGCCUUCGGAGCUGUGGGAGCCGUUCUACACGGACCAGUACGCCCAGGAGCACGUGAAGCCUCCGGUGACGCGGCUGCUUCUCUCGGCCGAGCUGUAUUGCCGGGCCUGGCGGCUGGCACUGCCCAAGCUGGAGGCCCCGCCCGGUCCCGCCGCCCUCUUGACGCUGCUGGCCCGGCGGGGUCUGACCCCGACCCUGCCCGAUCGGCCCGUGCGGGAGGCCGACCUGCGGCAUCAGCCCAUUCUGAUGGGUGCCCACUUGGCUGUGAUCGAUGCCCUCAUGACGGCCUUCGCCUCAGAGUGGACCGCCUCCCUGCCCGUCCCUGCGGCUCCGGGCAGCUGGGAGCACAAGCUCCUUCUCUGGGUGGACUCGACCAUGCGGCGACUACAGGAGCUGACCGAGCGGGAGGCGGCCCAGAGAACCCCUGUGCCCCCAGCGGACAGCGCUGCCCAGCCCUCGUGCCCCACCCGCUGGUACUGGAAGCUCGUUCCCCACGCCGUUGCCUUCUGUUUGAAGGAGUCAGGGAGCAAACCCCCUGUGAUCCGGUACCGAAAGGACCGGGCCGUGGCCCGCAGGGCCCCCUGUUUCCCCGUGGUGUCGGGUCUCCAGGACUUGGCCAGCGGAGCCGCCCUAGCUGCCAUCAUCCACUGCUACUGCCCCCAGCUGCUGAGGCUUGAGGAUGUGUGCCUGAAGGACACCAUGUCUGUGGCCGACAGUCUGUACAAUUUGCAGCUAGUCCAGGACUUCUGUGCUGCCCGCUUGCCGGGGGGCUGCCCCCUGGCUCUGGAGGACUUGCUGUAUGUGCCGCCCCUCCUCAAGACUAACGUGGCCGUGCUGCUAGCUGAGCUGUUCCUGUGCUUUGAGGUGCUGAAGCCAGACUUUGUGAGGCCCAAGGAGCUGCCGGAUGGGCGAGGUUCCUCUCCUGGGGUCAGCGAAGCCUCUACUCCACCGAGCGGCAACGGAGCCAGCUCCCCUGUUUUCAAUUUCCGGCACCCACUUCUGUCUCCAGGGGGGCCACAGUCCCCUCUCCGUAGGUCAUCAGGUUCCUUACAGUCCUCUCCCUCCAUGACCCACAUAGAAGCUUUUGGGAAGGCAUGGAACCGGCAACUCAGCCGCCCCCUGUCCCAGGCUGUAUCCUUCAGCACUCCCUUUGGCCUGGACAGCGACGUGGACGUGGUCAUGGGGGACCCAGUGCUGUUACGCUCUGCCAGUUCCGACAGCCUGGGCCCCCCAAGGGUUUCAGCGUCGCAGCCUCCCCCAGAGCCAGCCCCGGAGCCUGGGGACCUCCCCACCAUAGAAGAAGCCCUGCAGAUCAUCCAUAGUGCUGAGCCCCGCCUGCUCCCGGAUGGGGCUGCUGAUGGCGGCUUCUAUCUCCAUUCCCCCGAGGGACCCUCCAAACCCACUCUGUCUUCAUCGUACCCCUCCGAGACCUCAAAGCCUCCUGCUUACUACCCUCACCCGGAGGGGGGCUCGAAGGCCUCCAAGCCGCCCUUGGCUUCAUCCUACCCGCCUGGAGAGGCCUCUAAGCCCGUCCCGCCCGAGGGCUCCCCAGCAACUCCCACCCACUCCGAAGUGCGCAUGACCAGCUUUGCUGAGAGGAAGAAGCAGCUGGUGAAGCCGGAGGGCCGGGCCGGGGAGGAGGCUGGGGCGGGGGGCCCUCCCGAGGCCCCUCCCGAGGCCCUGAGCUCAGAGAUGAGCGAGCUGGGCGCGAGGCUGGAGGAGAAACGGCGCGCCAUCGAGGCUCAGAAACGGCGCAUCGAGGCCAUCUUUGCCAAGCACCGGCAGCGGCUGGGCAAGAGCGCCUUCCUGCAGGUGCAGCGGCGAGAGGCCGGCAGCGAGAACGACGGCGAUGGCGUGGAUGCGGACGGUGGCUCUGGCACGCCGGCGGCCGAAGGGACCCCGGGCUCCGGCCCCGGGGAGAGGCCAGCCGGGGAGGGCCGAGGAGAGCCCUCCGAAAGGCCCAAGACGGUGACCUUUUCUCCGGAGGUGGGAGCCGGCCGGCUUUCGGAGGAGGGCCUGGGGGACUAUAACCGGGCGGUCAGCAAGCUGAGCGCGGCCCUGAGCUCUUUGCAGCGGGACAUGCAGCGGCUCACGGACCAACAGCAGCGGCUCCUGCGGGAGCCCGAGCACCCCGGGCCGGGGCCCCCCGCCGCUGCCUGGAUCAUCCCCGGCCCUGCCGGGCCGCGGGCUCCCUCCCCAGCCCCUGCCCGCCGCGCCCCACCCCCCCGAUCGCCCCAGCCUCCCCCGCGCCGAGCCUCGGUCCCCGCUCCCACCCCGGCUCCCCGGAGCCCCAAACACGCCCGGCCCGCAGAGCUUCGGCUGGCCCCCUUGACUCGGGUACUGACCCCCCCGCACGAUGUGGACACGCUCCCCCACCUGCGCAAGUUCUCCCCGUCCCAGGUCCCCGUCCAGACCCGUUCGUCUAUCCUCUUUGACGAGGAUCAGCCUGGCCCUGGCCCCUCGAAGCCGGAGCCUGAGCCCGGACCCAAGCCGGGAGAGGCACCUGCGGAGCCCCUGGCAGGGGCCGCCACCCCCUCCGGCCGGCCCGGCCUCAUCGAGAUCCCCCUGGGGAGCCUGGACAGUGACGGAGACGGGAGCCCCCCCGGAGGGGAAGACUCUCUGGAGGAGGCCGUGAACGGCGAGCCCCGGACUGGAGUGGGUUUCUUCUACAAGGACGAAGAGAAGCCAGAAGAUGAGAUGGCCCAGAAGCGGGCCAGCCUGCUGGAGCGGCAGCAGCGGCGGGCAGAUGAGGCGCGGAGGCGGAAGCAGUGGCUCGAGGUGGAGAAGGAGCAGAAAAAGGAGGAGGCGGCGAGGUUGGCCCAGGAAGAGAGGGCCCGAGUUGGAGCCGGGGCCAGCCUGGAAGAGGAGGGCCCAUCCCGGAGAGGGGACUUUACACGACAAGAAUAUGAGAGACGGGCACAACUCAAGUUGAUGGAUGACCUGGAAAAAGUACUACGACCUCGAGGGAUGGGGGGUGGGCCUGGAAGAGGGGGUGCCCGUCGGCCCCCUCGACCUCGAUCCGGCUGCUGUGAUGAUUCGGCCCUGGGCCGCAGUCCCCGAGGUCUCUUGGGAUCCCGACUUAGUAAAGUGUACUCUCAGUCCACCCUGUCCCUUUCCACUGUGGCCAACGAUUCUUCCAACAACCUUGGGGUAAAAAGGCCCACAUCCAGGGCUCCUUCUCCAUCGGGCCUCAUGUCCCCCAGUCGCCUGUUGGGUAACCGUGAUCGGGAUUGGGAAAAUGGGAGUACUGCUUCAUCACCAGCCUCUGUCCCAGAAUACACAGGUCCCAAGCUGUACAAGGAGCCCAGUGCCAAGUCCAACAAGUACAUCAUCCACAACGCGUUGGCCCACUGCUGCCUGGCUGGCAAGGUCAACGAAUCUCACAAGAACCGUAUCCUGGAGGAAAUCGAGAAGAGCAAAGCCAACCAUUUCCUGAUCCUCUUCCGGGACUCGAGCUGCCAGUUCCGAGCACUGUACACCUUCUCUGGGGAGACGGAGGAGAUGUCCCGGCUGGCCGGCUACGGCCCCCGCACCAUCACCAAGUCCAUGGUCGAGGGGAUCUACAAGUACAACUCGGACCGGAAACGUUUCACGCAGAUUCCCGCCAAGACCAUGUCCAUGAGCGUGGAUGCCAUCACCAUCCAGGGCCACUUCUGGCAGACCAAGAAGCCCAGUACCCCAAAGAAGCCCAGCACCCCUAAAUAGCCCAGACGUUUCCUGUCUGAGGCCUGGACUCUGCCCCAAGCCAGCUGGGGGCCUUCUGUCCCCAAGGGUGGCUCCCGAGAGGGAGGGGGAGGCCCCCUGCUGGGGGAGAAGGGGGGUGCUUUGUACCCCCCUCUCCCAGCCUGGCCCCUUCUCCCCUACCUGGUUAGGAGACAGUGGGCAGGAAGGGGAUCUUGGAUUCCUCUUGCCCUGGGCUCUCCUCAAUCCUCUCCCCAACUGCAUGUUUCUUCUACCCCGGUGCCUCUUGGAGGCAAUGUCUCUCUGUUCCCUCCUCCCCCUCCCUCCCAGCCACCUCUUGCCUGGACAGAUUUUGGUCCCCAAUGUUGUGGGGCUCCCAGUCUCCAAGCCUUUGGAAAACCAACUUAUAAAUUCUGGCCUGAGCCAGGGUAGGAUUCCAAAGGAGCCUGGAUCUGCAUUCUACUUUUUUUUUUUUUUUUGGAGGGGAUAUUGGGGGGGUGGUUUUCUUGCUCCCCAUCUCUCCAGGUCCUUUUCUUCCCUGGAAGAUUCUGGAGGGAGCUUCUUCAUCUCUGUGUCGUGUCCUGCUGUGGGGAGGGGGAAGCUGGGAGCUUCAGGGACUCAGGGCUCAGCUCAACCACCCCCUGCCCCUGUCUGUCCUCUCUACCUUGAAUAAAAUAAUUUAAAGAGA